AGCGUCGCACACAAGAUCCGCAUGGAGCUGCUGUCGGUCAACGACGUCUUCCUGCUCUCCACCUUCCGCCUGCCCCCCAAGCAAGGCGGCACGCUCUUCGGCCUCUACUCCAAGAAGGACAACACGAGGUGGCUGGAGGUGUCGGUGGUGGGCAAAAUCAACAAAGUGCUGGUGCGGUACCUGCGGGAAGACAACAAGCUGCACGCGGUCAACCUGCAGCACGCGCACGUGGCCGACGGGCAGAGCCACACGGUGCUGGUGCGCCUGAGCGGGCUGCGCGGGGACAUGCUCAGCAUGGAGCUCUACGUGGACUGCAAGCAGAUGGACUCCAGCGUGGGGCUGCCCGAGCUGUCCGAGAUCCCGCUGGCCGAGGUGGAGUCCCUCGAGGUGCGCACGGGGCAGAAGGCCUUCCAGAGGAUGCAGUGCAACGUGGGCUGGGCCGGCAACGGCAACGUGUGCGGGCGAGACACGGACCUGGACGGCUACCCCGACGAGCCGCUGCCCUGCAUCGACAACAACAAGCACUGAAAGACAGACAACUGCCGCCUGACGCCCAACUCGGGCCAGGAGGACGCUGACAACGACGGCAUCGGGGACCAGUGCGAUGACGACGCUGACGGCGAUGGCAUCAAGAACGUGGAGGACAACUGCCGGCUCUUCCCCAACAAAGACCAGCAGAACUCAGACACCGACUCCUUUGGGGACGCCUGUGACAACUGCCCCAACGUGCCCAACAACGACCAGCGGGACACGGACAGCAACGGCGAGGGGGACGCCUGUGACAACGACAUCGACGGGGACGGUGAGCGGCACCCGCGUGUCCCCCCGGGCCGGCGAGGCGCUGAGGGGNNNNGGGACGCCUGCGACAGCUUCCCCGAGACCAGCAACCCCACGCAGACAGAUGUGGACAGUGACCUGGUGGGAGACACCUGUGGACAGGAGGGAGACAGCGACGGGGACGGGCACCAGGACACCAAGGACAACUGUGCCGAGAUCCCCAACAGCUCCCAGCUGGACUCGGACAACGACGGGCUGGGGGACGAGUGCGACAACGACGAUGACAACGAUGGUGUCCCCGAUUACACGGCACCCGGCCCCGACAACUGCCGCCUCAUCCCCAACCCCAACCAGAAGGACUCGGACGGGAACGGCGUGGGUGACGUCUGCGAGGAGGACUUCGACAACGACACCGUGGCCGACCCGCUGGACGCCUGUCCCGAGAGCGCCGAGGUGACGCUCACCGACUUCCGCGCCUACCAGACGGUGAUCCUGGACCCCGAGGGCGACGCGCAGAUCGACCCCAACUGGGUGGUGCUCAACCAGGGCAUGGAGAUUGUGCAGACCAUGAACAGCGACCCGGGCCUGGCUGUGGGCUACACGGCCUUCAACGGCGUGGACUUCGAGGGCACCUUCCACGUCAACACGGUCACCGACGACGACUACGCCGGCUUCAUCUUCAGCUACCAGGACAGCGCCAGCUUCUACGUGGUCAUGUGGAAGCAGACGGAGCAGACCUACUGGCAGGCCACCCCGUUCCGCGCCGUGGCCCAGCCGGGGCUGCAGCUC